CAUUGGACCCCUCUUUUUCUUUAGCACAUCAAAGGUUGAGUCUGGUAUCAGAAACUGGGAUGGUGGAUGAACAACCAGUCGAUAUUACAUACAUUACAUUUUCCUCUCUAGGCUAUUCUGCCAGUGCCCGUGACAUCCAAGGAUUCCCACCUCGGUAAUUCCUCAGGCACCCGGAGUGUAUCCCGGGUUCCCUCAACCUCUUACAACCCCACUGAGACACCACCAUGGAUUCCGGCUCCGACGCUUUCCCCGUGUCGGUUUCGUCCCUUCAUUUCCCCUCCGCAGAGCAGUCCUUCUCCCAGACGCUCUCCUCUCUCCGCCGAUCAGCACUCUCGGUCGCCAACCGACUCCGUUCCAUCGAAGCGGACGCUGCCUUUGUCCAACAAGUCGCCGAUCAUUAUGGCCUCCCACUGGUCGCCAACGAACGAUGUGGCAGCUGGUAUAUCCCCCCGCAGUCCAAAACCGGCAGCGCGUACUUCAAGAGCACGGACGGUCAUACGGGCCAGUGGGACUUUAGCUUUCGUAGACUCAACCUGCAGCUUUUACCAAUAGCCCGGGAGCACGGGGGCGCUAUAAUAGCGGAUUCUACACGUCGCGGUAAAUUGAUGCCCGAUGCUUUGUCAAAGACCGUUCCAAUAUGGUGCGCGGUUAUGAACCGCGCGCUAUUCCCAACAGAGACGACGUACCAUGCCGUGCAGCUUCCUCCGGACUACCUAGGUGCUUCGGAGGAGUCGCAGAUCGCGCAGCGGAUCGACGGGUUCGUCAAGUCGCUGAAGGAUCUGAAACUCAACUUGGACGAUUUGAGGGAGCAAGUAGGAAAGCCGAUUCGAGUCGCAUGGGCAAACCGGACCUAUUUCCACCCGACGGAUCUGCAGAAAGGAGAUGACUACAAACUCCUCGUUCUCUGCUCCGCCUCCAGACGGGUCCAUGGGGCCGAGAUGUCCGAAGGCGGUUACAUCCAGGGCGCAGGGGACGACAGCGAGGCGUGGGCGCACGGCUUGACGCCACCGGUUUUCUGGGCCAAUAAAUCGACCCUGAUCGAAACGGCAGAAGAAGAGCUACCGGAACUGAUCGGAAGGCUGGUCGAAGAGUAUGAUAGACGGGAUACGAGCCAGCAGGCGAUUCGCGUCGCGCCGACUCAGAACCUGUAUAUCAGUAAGACUGACGGUCGCUUGAGCGACAGCGGUCUUUACGAUCUCGUCAUCGACUGCAAUGGCAGCGUAGACGCCCAUGGUGAAGACGCAAAGCGACUCAAUCUUGGAUGUCAGUCCGGCAAGCUGGGAGGGCGCGACAUCCGAAAUCGUCUAGAUAAGGUUCGAGAAUUUGUCGCUUCUCACUUCGCUCAAGAUCCGUCUAGAUCCUUGCUUGUCAUGUGUGAGACGGGGAAGGACCUCUCUGCUGGCGCAUUGCUCGCCAUACUGUGUAUCUUCUACAAUGAUAAUGGGGAGAUCAACUCGACCGGUGCAAAACAGCCCAUCAACAAACAGUUUAUCCGCCAACGCCUCGCCUGGAUCGUGUCUUCCAAGCACGACGUAAACCCAUCACGCACGACAUUACAAUCAGUCAACGCUUUCCUAAUGGAACGGCCGGACUACUGACCGCCAAACCUGAGCUCCGUGGCAGAGACAUCGCUUUAUGCAUUAACCAUUAAACUACAAUCAUCGUAAAGUAUCUACUCGUUCUGAACCGCCUCGACGACCGCCCCCGCACUUCCCUGGUCGAGGGCAUUCAACACAGCCAUGUCCUCCUCGGAGAUAUCAAAGUCGAACACGUUCGCGUUGUCCACGAUGCGCUCCGGGUUAUCUGACUUGGGCAG